UGACCACAGGACAUGGCGACAAUAAACCGAAAUCUACAUGUACCACCUCUAAACCCAAAGCAAUCCCAACUAAAGUACCAGUAAAAGAGAGUAGACCCACUCAUGUUGCUAGUAAAGCAGACGACAAGUUAGACAAAGAAAGUAAAGAGGGUAAAGAGAACGUAGAAAAAGGGAAUAAAGAGACCGUUCCUAAAAGUGGUGAAAAACCCGACACUAAUAAAGAUGCCGAAGUAAAAGUUGAUACUCAUAGCAAACGCAG